AUGAGUGGAUCAGAAUCAAAUCAGCAUGUUGCUGCAUCGUCCAAAUCAGCGUCAUCAUCAAAUAUUCGUCAACCACGACAACGUAGGGCACAAAACUAUCUUCUUCUAUGGGUAGAUACCAGCAUCGAUCAAACAAACGAAGAUUAUGAAAAUAUAUUAAAACAAAUACGAGCUAUUACUGGUGCUGUCAAUGUCUUUACGCAACGAGAUGCAUGCAUCGACUUUCUUACAGAUGCCCAAGAAGACGUCAGGUCUUUUCUCAUUGUCAAGGAUACUAUAUUUCAACAAAUAAUGCCCCUCAUCAAUGAUAUUACUCAGCUGGGUGGUGUUUAUGUCUUCAAUGAUAUUAAAAUCCUAGAUGAAGAAUGGUCAAAAAAAUGGCAAAAAAUCAAGAGCGUUCAUACCGACAUCGAUGAUCUAUGCCAAGCAUUACAAACUGGUAUCAAUCAGCUCAAUCAAGACUCAAUAGCCAUGAGCUUUAUCACAGUACAGGAAAUGGCAUUAACUGAUAAUUUAAAUCAGUUGGAGCCAACUUUUAUGUAUACUCAGCUGUUCAAGGAAAUUCUUCUCGAUAUGGAACAUGAUGCACAAGCCAUCAAACACUUUACUGCUUAUUGUCAACAUAAUGACAGCGGAGCGGCAAAGAGUAUUGAUGAAUUUGAAAAAAAAUACCAACCUCAAUCUGCUAUUUGGUGGUACACUUGUCCAACAUUUAUCUAUUCUAUGCUGAAUUAUGCUCUACGUUCUAUGGAAGGUGAGAUCAUUAUUAAUAUGGGUUUUUUCAUUCAUGAUCUUCAUCAACAAAUACAACAACUAUACCAACAACAGAUCAAUAGUUAUCAUGGUAAACCAUUUUUAGUUUAUCGGGGACAAGGUCUUAUAAAAUCGGACUUUGAAAAACUUCAGCAAACAAGGGGUGGACUAUUAUCAUUCAACAAUUUCUUGUCUACUAGUAAAAAUGAAGAAGUGUCCCUUGGUUUUGCCCAAGUUGCUUUAACAGAACCAGAUAAGGUUGGCAUUCUUUUUAUAAUUUCCAUUGACCCUUCCGUUAAGUCAACACCAUUCGCGUCCAUCCAAGAGCAGAGUUAUUACGAGGGACAAGAAGAAGAAAUUCUCUUCUCAAUGCACACCGUCUUUCGUGUAGGUGCGAUUGAACACAUGAACAAUGAGAGUCAACUUUAUCAAGUUAAAUUGCAAUUAACGUCAGAUGAUGAUCAACAACUACGAGUACUUACUCAUCGGAUACGAGAAGAAGCUGAUGGUGAAAAUGGAUGGCAAAGAUUGGGUAACUUAUUGGUUACAGUUGGUCAAUUUAAUAAAGCUGAAGAAAUUUAUCAAGUAUUACUCGUACAGACAUCUAAUGAGAGUGAAAAAUCGAUUUACUAUAAUCAACUUGGAUAUAUUCAUUGGAAUCAAGGUGAUUGUGAAAAAGCUAUUUGGAAUUACGAAAAAGUAUUUGAAAUAUAUGAGAAAACUCUUCCUUCAAAUCAUCCUGCUUUUUCUGUAUCCUGCAACAACAUUGGCAGUGUGCAUGCCAAUAUGGGAGAGUACUCAAAAGCCCUAUCAUACUACAAAAAAGCACUUGAAAUUCAACAAAAAACUCUUGCUUCAAAUCAUCCUUUAUUGGCUACUUCAUACAGCAACAUUGGCAGUGUGUAUAACCAGAUGGGAGACUACUCGCAAGCACUUUCAUACUACGAAAAAGCACUUGAAAUUCGAGAAAAAAAUCUUCCUUCAAAUCAUCCUGAUUUCGCUAUUUCAUUCAACAAUAUCGGUUUGAUGUAUGACAACCUAGGAGAGUACUCGAAAGCACUUUCAUACUACGAAAAAGCACUUGAAAUCUAUCAGAAAACUCUUCCUUCAAAUCAUCCUGAUUUGACUACUUCGUACAACAACCUCGGUGCUGUGUAUACCAACAUGGGAGAGUACUCAAAAGCACUUUCAUUUCACGAAAAAGCACUUGAAAUAUCUGAAAAAGUUCUUCCUUCAAAUCAGCAUGAUUUGGCCACUUCAUACAACAACAUUGGUGAGGCUUACAGACAAAUCGGAGAGUACUCGAAAGCACUUUCAUACUACGAGAAAGCACUUGAAAUGCGAGAAAAAACUCUUCCUCCAAAUCAUCCUAAUUUAGCUACUUCGUACAACAACAUUGGUAACGUGUAUACAAACAUAGGAGAGUACUCAGAAGCACUUUCGUACUACGAAAAAGCACUUGAAAUCUAUCAGAAAACUCUUCCUUCAAAUCAUCUUUUACUGGUUACUUCAUACAGCAACAUCGGUAUAGUGUAUGACAAUACGGGAGAGUACUCGAAAGCACUUUCAUACUACGAAAAAGCACUCGAAAUCUGUCAAAAAACUUUUUCUUCAAAUCAUCCUUUGUUGGCUACUUCAUACAACAAUAUCGGCAGUGUGUAUAACGAGAUGGGAGAGUACUCAAAAGCACUUUCAUUUCACGAAAAAGCACUUGAAAUCUAUCAGAAAACACUUCCUUCAAAUCAUCCUUUAUUGGCUACUUCAUACAACAAUAUCGGCACUGCGUAUGACAAGAUGGGAGAGUACUCAAAAGCACUUUCAUUCUACGAAAAAGCACUCGAAAUCUUUCAAAAAACUCUUCCUUCAAACCAUCCUGAUUCGGCUACUUCAUACAACAACAUCGGUUUAGUGUAUAGCAAUAUGGGAGAGUACUCGAAAGCACUUUCAUACUACGAAAAAGCACUUGAAAUUCGAGAAAAAAAUCUUCCUUCAAAUCAGCCUGAUUUGGCGCAGUCAUACAACAACAUCGGUUUGGUGUAUGACGACAUGGGAGAGUACUCGAAAGCACUUUCAUACUACGAGAAAGCACUUGAAAUGCGAGAAAAAACUCUUCCUUCAAACCAUCCUGAUUUGGCUACUUCAUACAACAACAUUGGCAGUGUGUAUAACGAGAUGGGAGAGUACUCGAAAGCACUUUCAUACUACGAAAAAGCACUCGAAAUCUUUCAGAAAACUCUUCCUUCAAAUCAUCCUUUAUUGGCUACUUCUUACAACAACAUCGGUAUAGUGUAUAGCAAUAUGGGAGAGUACUCGAAAGCACUUUCAUACUACGAAAAAGCACUUCAUAUUCGAGAAAAAACUCUUCUCUCAAAUCAUCCUUCAGUAGCUAUUUCAUUCAACAACAUCGGUUUCGAAUAUGCCAACGUGGGAGAGUAUGCGAAAGCACUUUCACUUCACGAAAAAGCAUUUAAAAUCUUUCAAAAAACUCUUCGUUCAAAUCAUCCUUUAUUGACUACUUCUUACAACAACAUCGGUUUGGUGUAUGACAAGAUGGGAGAGUACUCGAAAGCACUGGCAUCUCACGAAAAAGCACUUGAAAUUCGAGAAAAAACUCUUCCUUCAAGUCAUCCUUCGUUGGCUACCUCAUACAACGGCAUCGGUAUUGUGUAUGACAACAUCGGAGAAUACUCAAAAGCACUUUCAUUUCACGAGAAAGCACUUGAAAUUCGAAAAAAUGCUCUUCCUUCAAAUCAUCCUGAUUUGGCUACUUCGUACAGCAACAUUGCUAAAGUAUAUAACAAUAUGAAAGACUAUGCGAAAGCACUAUCAUAUUAUGAACGUGCUCUAGACAUAUGGCAGCAUGGAUCAGCUCGGGCUCAUCCUCAUAUAAAAGGUGUGCAAGACAGUAUUGAAGUUGUAAAAGAGUUAUUAAAGAAUAAUUAA